AUGGCUCCCAUAAUAACAAAGUCUAAAGUGUACACGGAGGUGUUAUCUCAAAUGCCCAAAAAUUACUAUGACUAUAGUAAUUAUGAGAUCGAAUGGAAUGAUCCCGAUAAUUAUGAAAUCGUAGAAAAAAUCGGUAGAGGGAGAUAUUCCGAAGUCUUCACUGGAGUAUCCAUAGAUAACGGUUCGACUGUUGUUAUUAAGGUUUUGAAACCUGUCAAACGCAAGAAGAUCAAAAGAGAAAUAUCCAUUUUACAACAUGUUGCUGGAGGUCCAGCCACCAUCGAAUUACUUAACGUCGUAAGAGAUCCCCAAAUUAGGAUCCCAGCUUUGAUAUUUGAACAUAUUAACAAUAUUGAUUCCAAGACAUUGUAUCCAACCUUGGGUGACCAUGAAAUAAGGUAUUAUAUGUACCAAUUACUACAAUCAUUGGAUUUUUGCCACUCUAAAGGUAUUAUGCACAGAGAUGUUAAACCUUUGAAUGUGAUGAUCGAUAACGAAAAGAAGGUAUUGAAAUUGAUUGAUUGGGGUUUGGCAGAAUACUAUCACCCUGGAGAGGAAUAUAAUGUAAGAGUGGCCACGAGAUAUUUCAAAGGUCCUGAAUUAUUGGUAGAUUAUAGAUAUUAUGAUUAUUCCUUAGAUUUGUGGUCAUAUGGAUGUAUGCUUGCUGCUAUGGUGUUUAGAAAAGAGCCCUUCUUUCAAGGAAAAUCAAAUAUCGAUCAAUUAGUUCAAAUUGUUCGUGUUUUGGGAUCGGAAGACUUCCAUAAAUAUUUGAAAAAAUACCAAAUAAAAUUGUCAUCUGAUUUCGAUGAUUUGGGUUUGUACUCCAGGAAACCUUGGAAAAAAUUCAUCAAUUCCAAUAACAAACACUUGGUAUCCUUGGAAUUCUUGGAUUUCAUAGACAAAUUGUUAAAAUACGAUCACCAAGAGAGAUUAACAGCUAAAGAAGCCAUGGACCAUCCAUAUUUCGAUCCAAUUAGAUCUGGUUUGUAG